GCUUAAGCCACUCUGGUUUUUAGACACAGAUUCAAACAGAGAUUCUUGUGCGGUGUGAACUUCACAAACAAAUAGCCAUGAGCAUGAAACUGUGUGCAAUGUUGGUCCUGCUGAUUGGGACUCUGUGUAUCAACUUGUCACAGGAGAAGCCGACUGCUGUUCUGAACCGGUGCAUGUGCAGAGGAGGAGCAACACAAAUCAACGUGAGAAACAUCAAGGGGCUGCAGCUUAUCCCCAUCCCAAACUGCCCACUCCAGCUCAUAGCCACCUUGAAGACUGGGAGGAAAAUUUGCCUUCAUUCCAAAUUUUUGAACCUUUGGAGAAAAAAGGUAAAUAGACAAUCCAAGAUGUGAACGAGAACACAAAAUAAAGCCAGCAGCCACCAGAUUGUGGGCAUUAGUGCAUGCUCACACUAACAAUGUCCCGCGCACUGUCAUAUUACUGCCACAUCGCCAGCCUGCCUUGACUGCUUUGCAAGACUCCACACCCAACCCUCUGUCUGUUACAUGCUGAAUCUAGCUAGCUGUAAAUGGUGCACGCACACAUACAUUUAUCAACAGUGCAGUUGACAUUUUUAAAUGGAGCACCUCCAAAUAUAUUUACUGCCGUCCAAUUCCAAGGCAAGCUCACGGGGCUAGAUGAUAUUGCUUAGAUAAAAUGUGACGGGAUCAGGGCAGCUAAUGGAUAACCCCUGGUCAGUGGCACCAAACACACUCCAGUGUGGCAUCAGCCCGUAGUGUUCUGCCUCCAAAACCCCAGGCAGAGAACAGUCCACUGAUGCUGCCACCAGUAUGUUUGGCACCACUAAGCCUUUAUUAUAGCAGCCUCCAGGGUACCUGCUGUCAAUCAUUGGUGAUUAGAGCAAAUUUCUUCUUUAAAUAAAUAUCCAGUUCUGGUCCACAAAAUUAAUAAAGUCAUGCAACUCCAGAUGUGGUGACUUCUGAGGAGGAUUCUGUCUGGCAGGUCUAAAACUGGGAAGAGAAACAGGAAUUCUUCCUUGCUUUUGUGAGGAAUCCCAUCUCACUGGCAGCAUCCAGUGGUGGGGUAAGCACUGCAAGGAGGCGUCAGCAUCCGAACUACACACUCAGCCAAGUGGUUACUCCAGUCCUCAGGUCACCCGUGCUGGGAGUUUAUUUCAGUGCUAAGUCCCUCAGAGCCAGUUGUCCACAUGGAUGGAUGGAGCCUUGGUCUUGGAUUUUGUCUGGAGCCACCGUCUGGUGGGUUCAUGAGGACCGCUCCAUGUUCAGUGACCACCUUGGUUUUCCCCUCUGCUGUGAAGUUCACAGUCAUUGCAUAGUGUCUCCCAGUUAUAGUUUGGCUCAGAUCAGGAGCUCACCAUCUGUGGCAGGCAUGAACCUUUGAACUACCACUCUGUAGCAUGGGUCAGAUCUAUUACUCAGUAGGAGGGACACCUUAGGUCAACAGCAUACAUUCUAACACUGCCCAAACCAGGCUUCAGCUCCAACCAGGCCUUUGGUUGGAAAGGCUGAAUGGUAUUGAUGGACUGAGUGAAUCUUGCUGUCCCUCCCACAAUGGGAGUCAUCACUCCAGACUUUAGACUGUAAUACAGACCCACAAUUGAUUGGCUACCUUUGUAAAGCACAAACGCUGAUGGAUGGAAACUAUUGUUUAAUUUGUUAACAGUCUUUAAAAUUGCCAUUGGAGUAUGUUAUGAGUCAUUAAUAGCUUAUUUUGUACAUAUUGGAAUUUACUAACUAUUUCUUCUGUCAUGUGCAAGGUUUUUAAAAGCAACCUGAAACUGGUUCAAUGGAAAUCUGAGAGAAAGCUUCUGAUUUUCUCAUAUGGUGCCUAAAAACCAUUGAUGUCUUUUUUUUUGUUGUGUCUUUCCACAUUAUUUCCCAUAAAAUGUGAAAAUUUAACAGGGAACUGUCUUCAAGAACCAACAUUUAACAAAUUUUCUCCUUGAAGGAAGAAGAAUUCCAACAACUUUGUCCAAGCAACAUGUAGCGCAUCUGAUGUGUUGACUGUUGUGUGUCAUUUCUCUGUAUAUUUGUAGAUGAAAUGUUAUUGCCUCUUUUUAAAGAAGAUGAAUAUAAUUGAAGCUAUCAUAUUCUACUAAUUGAAAGACAUUGACUACUCUUUUUUUAUACUGUUUCUUUGUAACAAGUUACAAUACUAUUUUACAGAAUAAACUUUUAAAAUAAUUCCUAAAA